CCUGAAGGUCCUGACGAAAUAAACAAAUUGGGGUCCUUCUUCAAUGCUAGCUAUCGAAGCGGCAUCUACGAGUUGCAUUGUCCUGUACAGCUGUUAUGGUUACGUUGAAAUACAUAAAGGUUUAUGAAAGAUAAACGUUGCUGAAGUGAUGUUGAUGUUCUAGUAUUCAGGCCCAGACCAGACGACGCCCGCCGGACUCGCACGUUGUCUCAAACACUCAAAGCUUUUGUUUUUCCAGCGGUUGUACGCGAUCUGCAUAGCUAACGGUGUUGAGAAAACAAGCUAGGUAGCCCACAGUGUUCCCCAAAAACCAUCCACACCGGGGAUUAACUCAUCCGGGUUCGGUCAAAUAAAACAACGAGGGAGGCGUUAAUGAGCUGCAAUGUCUGGCAUUGCUCUUAGCAGAUUGUCUCAGGAGCGCAAAGCCUGGAGGAAAGACCACCCCUUCGGAUUUGUUGCUGUGCCCACUAAAAACCCAGAUGGCACCAUGAAUCUGAUGAACUGGGAGUGCGCCAUCCCCGGGAAGAAAGGAACCUUGUGGGAAGGGGGCUUGUACAAGCUGAGAAUGCUGUUCAAAGACGACUACCCCUCCUCCCCUCCCAAGUGCAAGUUCGAGCCUCCUAUAUUCCACCCCAAUGUGUACCCGUCAGGCACCGUCUGUCUGUCCAUCCUGGAGGAAGACAAGGACUGGAGGCCGGCCAUCACCAUCAAGCAGAUCCUACUGGGCAUCCAGGAGCUUCUGAACGAACCCAACAUCCAGGACCCAGCCCAGGCAGAGGCCUACACCAUCUACUGCCAGAACAGGAUGGACUACGAGAAGAGGGUGAGGGCGCAGGCCAAGAAGUUCGCCCCCACAUAGAGCCCCCCUCCCCGGCCGGCCGGCCCACCCAGCAGAGGGGGGGCCAAACUCCAAGGACCACUCCAAAAAGAACCACCUUUUAAUCCAUUUUACUAUUCUACAGGACUCGCGUUAAACUUCUUCUUUUCUGCCCAUCAUGUCUUCUUGGUCCGUGGACGAGGAAUGUUCAAACGUCUUGAUCGUUUUUUUUGUAUUUAGCUCCUCCCACUGGACUUAGACAUGAAUGCACCCCCACCAUACCGCUUCGAUUUGCCCUGAUUUCCUGUGCGGCCGUAGGCCUGCGUUCAGCCCCUUGUGUCCAAAGGCACCAGGACGGGCCCUGCUGCCUAUUGUAUUGUUAAAAAUAAAACAUCAGUAGCCUUUUA